AUGUUUCCUAUCAGAAAAACUGGACAUCCUGUUGACUUUAGCACUCCCUAUAUGGAGUGCAUGCCUUGGUUUUCAAAGUAUCCUAAAUAUGAAAUAGUGGACUCGCACUGGUGUCCAUCCGUCGACAUCUAUGAAACGCCAUCCGAUAUUGUAAUCUGCAUGGAUCUUCCUGGUAUCGCUAUAAAUCAAGUAAAAGUAGAACUAGGACCAAAUCAGAUUGUUAUCAAUGGAUUAUCAGAAAGAUCUUGUAAUGCUGAAGGUGCCGAAUAUUAUGUAAAUGAACGACGAUUUGGUAAAUUUUACAGAAUGAUUCCACUUCCAAGCGGAAUCGACUCGGAUGAUAUUCACGCUCAGCAUAACCAUGGUUUGCUUGAACUCAAGGUAGUUUUGAUAUUGUGA